AUGCCGUUCAAACGCAAGUCCGAAGCUGCCUCAACAACACCCGUGAAAAAGCGCGGUCGUCCUUCGCUCGCAGCGACUGCCAAGUCUGCUCAGGCUACUCCUAAAGCUGCUUCCCCUCAGACCGGUGAGAAGAGGAAGCGCGGUCGCCCAAGCAAGAGCACUGAGGAGGUUACAGUGACACCCAAGGCCAAGUCCAAGGCCAAAGUCACCCCGAAGGCCACCCCGCAGGCCACCCCAAGUGAUGGUGCCAAGCGCGGUCGCGGUCGUCCAAAGAAGAUUCUCACUGCGGCACAGACUGCGGCUGCAGAAAAGGCCGCAGCUAACGCGCCCCCUAAGAAAGGUCGUGGUAGACCUCGCAAGGAGCCUGGUACCGAGACAACCCCCGCCACAGAGAAGAAGAAGAAUGGUCGUGGCCGCCCGCGCAAGAGCCUCCCAGCAAUUGUUGAUGAGCCCAGUAUCUUCGAUGCGAAGGCUGAUGCGGACGAAGAGCCCCUGGCCGAUGUGCCCAAGGACAGCACUGGUCGUUCAUACUGGUUGAUGAAGGCGGAGCCCGAGUCGCGAAUGGAGAAAGGUGUCGACGUGAAAUUUUCUAUUGAUGAUCUGGCUGCGGCUGAUACGCCAGAGCCCUGGGAUGGCGAGUUUGUGUUCGAAACCCCGUUGGUAAGGCCCGAAAUCAAGACAACCACAGCGGCACGAGCCAAUGAGUCGCAUGCUGAUGAUUUUAUAGCCCGCAACCUGAUGCGCGACAUGAAGAAGGGAGAUUACGCGUUCUUCUACCACUCAAACUGCAAGACACCUGCUGUCGUCGGAGGGAUGGAAAUUGUGCAGGAGCACUCACCUGAUGAGGCCGCAUUCGACCCGAAGCACCCUUACUACGAUCCGAAGUCGGAGCGCGACGUACCCAAGUGGGUAGUGGUUCAUGUUGAGUUUCGUCGUAAGUUCAAGAACCAGGUUACGCUGCAUGAGCUCAAGGCGCAGGCGGAGACCGGCAAGCCUCUGGAGAAUCUUCAAAUGAUCAAGCAGUCACGACUGAGCGUCUCGUCGGUGACCCCGGCACAAUGGCGGUACAUUCUUAGGCUGGCAGGCGAGGACCCCAAUAUCGACAUGGUGGCUGAGGAGAGCCAGGAUAGCGAGAAGAAGAUUGAUGAAGCCGUGGACACUGAGAUGAAGGAUUCCGAGGACAUUGACGCCGGUGAUAAGGACGCCGAGGCGGACCAGGACAGUGAGCUUGAG